AGCCAUUCGCUGAAUUCUACUCACUUCACUUCUCACUUUAUUAAGAAAUGUUUUGUCGAACGGUAAUAGUGUUUAUUUUGUGUUGUUCACGUAGUUUUGUAAAUUCAACUAGGAACUGUACGGAGCUAGAAUCAUUACUUCAAUCUGAUUUAGCACGGGAAAAAUUGAUCUUGGACUUACUUCGAAUUAAAUGGAUGAUGUCCAAGAGUCAGACCACAGGAACGGAAGAAAUGGAGUCAAUGGAUACAAACGGAGUGGAGCUGCUCUUCAACUGUUUGAAAGAGUCUAGUGGAGGUGGUAAAAACGCCUACGUGAAAGUUCCGAGUGAGUUGGCUAGUAUUAUACAUCAGGCGUUUAUCAAACCUCCCGUCCCCAUGCAUGACAAGUAUACAACUUUCCGAAUCAAACUGACGGAUACGGAAGGCCAUCCUCGACUCAAUUUAACGUGUACUUCAGAAACAUCAGUAAUAAUGCCGGCUAAACUUGAGCUUCAAUGCGAUUUUGGUGCCUAAUAGAUUGUUUAAACUGAGUUAGUUUUCUUAAAUCUUGGAUAUGGUUUUCCGGAAGCACACUUUCAUUGGGAAUAAAAUAGUUUUCUAAGCAUUA